CAACCUCAAAAGCAAUUUAACAUAGAGGUUUUUGUCUGGGAAUUUAAAAAUGAGUCCAGGCCACAGAGUAGGAUCCUAAUUCAACAUGAACAUGCCCAAAGUUUUGAGGUGUCUGCAUUGAAGAUUUUAGUUUGUCCAGCAGCAAAAGUUUGGAGGUGCUCUCAUCCAGGGUUUUGGGAUAGACCCACCUUUAGUUUCUUUGAAAAUUCUUUUUUGUUCCUGGAUGUUUUCCCAAAAAAGGAACCUUGUCUAAAACCAGGUAUUAGAAAUCCUAGUUUGGUUUUAUCUUUUCCAGUAAUUUACCAAUCUGAGUGUAGUAUAGGGACGGUACUUUAAUCUAAACCCUUGGCACUCAGUGGGGAAAAAAGAAAUCACAUGACCCAGUGGAUUUGAUUAGACUGUACACUUCUCUGCCAAUGCUUAGAGAGUAGCAGUGCGCUAGGAGGCAGUUAAGGGGAAGAUAGUGUUGGUAUUUCAUCCAAGCUCGGUGGAUCUGUUCACCAUGGGAGAGUUCCAACAGCAGCUGCUCACUCUUUUUGGGGGUCUAAUUUGUCUAUUUACUCUGGUGAAAUGCAUUAGAUUUUUGAAGUAUUUUUUCCCCUAUGUAUGGAAUGCUUUGCCUCGGUCUUUCUUUCGGUCAAUGGGAGAAUGGGCAGUGGUCACAGGAGCAGGAGAUGGAAUUGGAAAAGCAUAUUCCCUGGAGCUGGCAAAACGUGGAUUAAAUAUUGUUAUGAUAAGCAGAACACUUGAAAAACUGCAGAAAGUAGCCACUGAAAUUGAACAGGCCACAGGUAGAAAUGUGAAGAUCAUACAAGCUGACUUUACAAAAGAUUACAUAUAUGAGAAUAUUGAAGAAUGUCUUCAAGGAUUAGAAAUUGGCAUUUUGGUUAACAAUGUUGGAAUGCUUCAUAAUCCUCUUCCAUGCCGUUUCCUUAAUGGAGCAGACACAGACGAGAACCUCAUCAGCUGCAACAUUAUCUCUGUUACCAAGAUGACACGGAUAAUUUUGAAACAAAUGGAGCCAAGACAAAAAGGACUUAUUCUGAACCUUUCUUCUGGUUUGGGCACCUUCCCUUGUCCAUUAUAUACUAUAUAUUCGGCUUCUAAAGCUUUUGUAUGCACAUUUUCCAAAGCACUUCAAGCAGAAUAUAAGGCAAAGGGAAUUAUCAUACAGGUGGUGGCUCCUUAUGCUGUUUCUACUCCAAUGACAAUGUAUCAAAAACCCAAUCUCAUAACAAAGACGGCAGAGGAGUUUGUUAGAGAGUCACUGAUUUAUGUUACUGUUGGAGAGGAGACAUUUGGUUGUUUAGCCCAUGAGAUCUUGGCGUGCAUCCUGCAGCUCAUUCCGUUGUGGGUAUUCCACAGUGACAGAUUUCAAGAGGUGUUCCUGAACACAUUUCCGACUUACCUGAAAAGGAACUGGAAGAGCCCCUAACAAAAUCAACUUUUUAGACCAUGUGAAAUUGUGAAUCCUAGCUUCAUACACUAGAAUUCUGGGGGCUAAAGUCAGCUCUGGAUGAAUUUGGCCCAGCAUGCUUACUGAAGAAGUUUACUAAGGGCCUGGUCCAAAGGCCAUUGAAGUCAAUGUUUUUCCAAAGACUUCAAUGAGCUUUGGAUCAGUUACAGAGGGAUGGGAUGCUACGGCUGCUUUUGCUUCUUUAAACUGAGCUUGUAGAUGGUGCAGCUGUUUGAUGUUUACAAAUAAAACAAUUUGCAUUAUUUCCAAACAGGUUUGUUUGCUUUGAUGCUUUUAGGAAGACUCACAUGAUCUGUGAAGGGGCUUUGGAUUUUUGUGGGAGAACACACAGAUUAUGCUGGAGGAGGAGGAGAUAGUGGGAAGAGAUUUUAGAGGAUGGAGGGAAUCUGUGCAUAGGGGCUUUGGAAGUUUGCAGGAACAGUGUGUAUUAGUGGAAAGGGCUUUGGAGUCCUCCAAAGCAUUUUAUAUGAAUCCCUUUCACAGACAGGAUACUGGACUAGGUGGACCUCCAGUCUGGUGAUUUCUAAUCCUGUGUUUGUAGGAAGAUGAAAGCUUACGGUGAAGACUUUGAAUCUAGAUUGUGUAAUGUUUUCCAAAUAUCUUUCAGAACUUCUCUUUAUUUUGUGUAGAAUUUGGAAGUGAGAGUUUUUACAACGUUGUUUUGUUUGUGCAUUCCAAAAAGCUA